UUUUUUUUUUUCUAUAUAACUAUUUGACUCAAUAAAACUCUAUAUCAUGUCUAGUAAUUCUGCCGAUGAAGCCGACUUUGAUUUGAAAGAACAAGAUCGUUUUCUUCCUAUUGCAAAUGUGGCACGCAUCAUGAAAAAAUCAUUACCUGAUAAUGCCAAAAUCGCCAAAGAGGCCAAAGAAUGUGUACAAGAAUGUGUGUCUGAAUUCAUUUCUUUUAUCACUAGCGAAGCUAGUGACCGAUGUCAACAAGAAAAAAGAAAAACGAUCAAUGGUGAAGAUAUUUUAUGGGCUAUGCAAUCUCUUGGAUUUGAAAACUAUGCUGAAGCUCUCAAGAUCUAUUUAGGAAAAUAUCGUGAAACUACAAAGAUCGAUCGUACCACGGGACCAAAAGAAAAGGAAGAAGAAGCACAACAACAACAAUCUUUAUUCAGUGUACAAGGAUCAAGUGAAAAUCCUAAUCAACCUGUUUCUUUACCCGGAAAUUUGUCGCAAGCAAACUAUUAUAAUACAAUGGCAACACAUCCCUACAUGGACAAGAAUUAAAGACUUCCCUGAUAUUACAUUCUCUCCAUUUAUUUUUCUUUCUUUAUUAUCUCACUCAUCCUUUUAUCGUCUUUAUAUUUAUAUAUUUAACAAACCAAUAAAGCCUUUUGUAUUCAUCUUC